GGGACAACAACCCCUUCUCCAACCUAGAGAAGGCGUCGGUUGCUCAGGAGUCGCGUAUCUUCAAUGCUACACCCAUCCAGCCGCGCAAAUGCUGCUUCGUGCUGUCCAAAAUAUUGUAUAUCAUCUACCAGGGUGAUGUGUUCAGUACUAAGGAAGCCACCUCGGCUUUCUUUGCGAUGACGCGUCUGUUCCAGCACAAAGAUUCUUCUAUGCGUAAGCUGGUGUACCUAACCAUCAAGGAACUCGCCCCCAUGGCCGAGGAUGUGAUCAUCGUCACCUCCUCUCUGACCAAAGACAUGACGGGCAAGGAAGACUCGUACCGAGCCUCGGCUAUCCGUGCCCUGUGCCGUAUCACGGACGCGACGAUGAUUCAGGCGAUCGAGCGAUACCUCAAGCAGAGUAUUGUGGACAGAAACCCGGCCGUGGCCAGUGCGGCGCUGGUGUCGAGCGUGCAUCUGUUGCAGCAGAAGGCCACCUUCGAUGUGGUAAAGAGAUGGUCUAACGAGGUCCAGGAGGCGAUCCAGAACAAGAAUAUCAUGGUUCAAUACCAUGCCCUGGGUCUAUUGUAUAAGCUCAAGGAGAAGGAUCGUCUGGCUGUGUCCAAACUGGUGCAGACGCUCAUGCGCGGCUCUGUACGUUCCAGCUAUGCCACGUGCCUCCUCAUUCGCUUCGUAAAGAAGUGUAUGGAAGACGAUACCGAUCCCUCUGCUCGCAG